CAGUCUUAGGAUUAAAAAUAAAAGAAAAAAGACAUUAACUCAAGAGGCGUCCUUUAAUUGAGAGAGCCAAGACACGGCUCUUAGGAGACACAUGUCACAAAACUAUUGGGUGGAGGAGAUGUGUUAGAGUUCUUCCGACUCGUUUCUUCUUCUCUCGAGAUAGAUCGCUGGUGAAAGAAGGACUUGUUUGCAGAGACGGAACCGCACCUCGCCGGAUAGUGUAAUCUCCAGCGAAGAAGAUUAAAGUUCCUUUGAGGGAUGGUGUGAAAGCCAUCGUUAUGGACUCGAGGAGCACAGAGCUGCGUGCAGAUCCUUGUCGAAAAGGGAUGCAAAACCCCCAUCAUGAAUUCUUUAAUGUGAUUUCAAUUGAAUACUCAAACUGCUCUCAAUUCUCAUCUACGUUUCUUCAAGGGACUGUUGCUUCUAAAAAUGGAGGUUUUGGAUGGUUUAUCCAUGGUAUGGAUGAAGCCCAUGACUCUCAAAGCUCUUCUAGGAUAUUAUAUGUGGUCUCAGCCCUUGCAGCCGAAGCUUUGACGUUGAAGGUGGCCCUUCCUUCAGCAUCAUCUGCUGGAUUUUCAAAGCUUCAAGUAAUUUUGGACUCUAUUGUCCUCUUCUCUGCCCUGCAUUCAGGGAUGGAUUUGAACGAGAUCGCAGGUUGUUCCCUUGCCACUCUCUUCAGUCCCCUACCAUUUAACUUUUAUCAGUGCACAACAUUAUGUUUGGCUGUUGCAAUUGCUAUGUGUGUGUUCUUCAAACUAUGCUCCUCUAUUACUAUAUUUUGAGAUAUGAAUGAAUGAAAUAAAUCUUUGACAAAAAAAAAAAGAAACCAUGAA